UAAGUAUAUGCAUUUACAGAGACGUGUAUCUGGACUUGCGAAAGAUUAUAAAAAUCGGAGGGUACCACCAUUUACACCACAUCAACAAAAUCAGUAUAUGCGUAAUAUCCCAGAUUUUCCUCAAAUCAAGAAUAUUCUGGAUAGUAUAAAAUGA